GGAUCAGUUGAUCAAGUGGAAGUUGAUAAUCCUGAUAAUCCGGAGGAUAAUUCGGGAUCUGCUCCUGACUCUAAAUCAAAGGGUAAGCGGAGAUUGUAUGUUGGAUCUCAAGCCUUAGGAUUUCGCCGAUCUCAUGGAGGUACUAUCGCCCAUCAAGGAUGGGAUGGUUGUGGACUGGGAUAUUGUAGAGAACAUAUGGGACCAUGCUUUCAGGGAAUGCUUACUGAUCGAUCCAAAGGAGCAUCCAAUGUUACUUGCAGAGCCCUGUUCGAACACUCAGCAGCAGAGGGAAAAGGCUGCAGAGAUAAUGUUUGAAAAGUACCAAGUUCCUGCAUUGUUUUUGGCCAAAAAUGUUGUUCUCACAUCUUUUGCAUCAGGACGUGCGACUUCUUUGGUCGUUGACAGUGGUGGAGGAUCGACUACUGUUGCUCCUGUUCAUGAUGGAUAUGUUCUUCAAAAGGUAUCCCUCAACAAAGAACAACUGCCUAAGUUUUUUCCGUUUUUUUCCCCUGAUGACUGUAGUGUCUUCACUUACAGUUCAUAUUCAAACAUUCCAACGACGUCUUAUGAGCUACCUGACGGGCAAACGAUAGAAGUCGGAGCGGAUAGAUUCAAGAUUCCUGAUAUUAUUUUCAAUCCAUCAUUAGUUCAGACUAUCCCCGGUAUGGAAAGUUUUGCUGAGACUGUUGCUUCUCUUCGCGGUCUACCACAAAUGGUUAUCGAGAGCAUUAACAAGUGCGAUGUGGAUAUCCGAAGAGAACUUUUUAGUAGUAUAUUGCUUGCUUGGGGAACAGCAUCGAUGCAGCAACUCAAAGAACGUCUGGAAAAGGAUUUGCUAGAGGAGUCUCCUCAAGCAGCGAGAGUCAAAGUACUGGCCAGUGGAAAUGCUACAGAAAGGAGAUUCAGUGUUUGGAUAGGGGGCAGCAUAUUGGCAUCUCUUGGUUCCUUUCAACAAAUGUGGUUUUCAAAGUCCGAGUACGAAGAGCAUGGGGCAUCUUACGUUCAAAGAAAAUGUCCGUAAGAUGAUUUCUUGCCGUUCUGUUAUAUUUUGGUGGAAAGCACUGUAUUUAUUUGACUAGCAUCAAGCAAAGAUAUUUUUCCAAGUGGACUUGCUCUGCUCAAGUCUUGUACCAUUAGGAAUCUGUAUCACUUUAUACCAUUGUUCUGUAAUGCACUGGUAGUACCAAGGUACAUCCAUAUCGGACUUGCACCGAUGACUGACAUAGUAGGAAUCUGAGUGACUUGCUAUUUGUGUUAGGCUGUUAGCUGUACCACUACUGCAGCUGUUCAAUGGAAAUGCUAGAUUAAACACCUUGUGCUAAUUGCUAAGACCUUGUUCGACAACUAAGUGGACAAAGACCCCUUUGUAACAAUUGGAAGUUUACCGAGGCAACACUGGCGAUGGGUCAAUCACGCUGCAUUCCAUGUCUAAAGGUUGAAAACUGGCAACCUCAAGUGAUGAAGCAAGAAGUUCUAGCAAAUCCAAUCGAGUGGUGAAAUGAUUGUAUGAUAUCUCAGACAAAAGGUGGUCUCAUUCGCUUUUCGAGGAUGCAAUGUGUAUUGUGAUAACUUGUUGGGUCGAACCUUCUCUAGAGGAAGAAACAGAAAACGUUAGGUGGUUUAGGCAUGAGAGAUCCCAUAGCUAAUAUGAUCAUUAUCUUGCUUAAAGACAAUAAAAAAAUUGGUUAAAAAGAUUUUCGUUUAUUCUCA